AUGAAGCUACUUUCCUUUCUCUCCUUGCUCGGCAUCGCCGCUCUCGCCGAAGCUGGAGCCUGCAACAGUGGGAUCAAUGCAAUUGCCGUCCCUCUGCUGAAGGGAUACCCCCCCGCGCAGUCCUUCUGUAGCGCAAAAUACCCUCAGCCAGUCACACUCCUCCUCGACAACCACGACGACAACAAGAACCCCAUCAACGACGCCCACCACUUCAAGAAGUGCUACGACGACUCAGGACGCCAAGGCAUCGCAAUGGUCUGUCUUGGUGUCCGAGGCUGGAGCAGCUUUGUCGACCUUCUGCUCCUGCAUCGAAACUCCCAGCACCAAGACUGUUACUCCCAUGACGACAACAACCACCACUACCACCACCACCACGACAACGACCACGACAAGCACGAUCCCGACAACGACGACUUCAACGCUUACCUGCGUCCCACAGGGGGGCGUCUGCAACGGAAGCAAUGA